AUGACCGCUUCGAUACUGUUCACUAUAUUCCUCUUGCUAUUCUUUGCAUGCCAACCAAUCACAUCACAAUUUGACGACAUUGAUGUCUUGACUGCUUCAGAUGGCGAGCUUCAACAAAUGCAACGAUAUUUAUCCCAAAAACUCGCUCAAAUCGAGAACGCCUUACAAAAAAGUUCUCGACGAAAACGAUCAGUCUCUCCGAUUUCCGCUUCGUUGCCUAAUCGAGAAUCGGCAGGCUUCCUAAGUAGGAUUGGCGCCAUAAAGAAGUCUCUAGAGGAAGCGAAACAGAUUUCCAAUAACAUCACUGCAUCGGUAGCGCCGACGAGUGAGAAUCUAGAUGGACCAACACCACAAUCCGAUGUUCUUUCGCCAAAGUUCGAGAGUGGAAAAUUUCAACAUAUCAACGACUCUUUGACCACAUGCAAAAAACUGUCACAGCCAGAGUUGGUAGCAGAACUCAAACAGAAGGGUACAUACAAUCCAGAGUUGAUGGCAUGGGAUGCAUUGGGAGUAAUUCGAUUUCUAGAUAGAACAUUUCAUGAGCAUUAUCAAAAGGGUUCUGCCAAGAAUAAAUCCAAAACUGAAGUCAUCGAACGAAAUGUUGAAGCUCUUGAAAAACUCAUGAGGGAACUAAAUGUGACGUGUGAUCUCAAAACCGACGAACUUCGAACCAAGUUUCACAAUAUCUCAUUCGUGGACCCGCGACGAACAAUUUUCUCGCCAUCGCUUCGCCGAUCCAAAAGAAUGGAUCGCCUAGAGGAGUUCCUGAAGGUUUUGAAUGUGACGCAACCCGAGCUUGAACCGUUCUCUCGCUUAUCUGAUCAACCAUUAUCAGUUGAAAACGAGAGGAUUACGUACAGGCAAAAGUUGAUAGGGGAAUCCCACAUCGUGCCAUUCGGCUGUGAUAAACGAGGAGCGGAAGAGGACGGAUACCUGAGACUGUGCGGUGCUUGCCAGGCGAUCGCCGUCUGCCCGACACUUUCUUCCCCCCAUUUAUCAAUGAAGUCACUUGCGACACUGAUAAGGCUUGCCUGUAUUUCUAUGACUAUCGUAAGUGGCAGAGAAGGAGAACUGAUAAUAAAAAAAACAAGGAGAUGA